AUGGGUAAAGUUAAAGGAAGACCUCAGAAAUCCAAGUUCGCUGACGAUCCUUUGAAAAAGAGAUCAUAUUACAAGUACAAAAAACUGCUUCGUAAGGAGGGAUUGCAGACACAACAAGAUUCAUCAAAACAAAAUGAGGGAAGAAAUCAACAAACAUCCGGGACUAAAAUGCCCAAAAAGAAUACUAAUAGACUAAUACAAACCUAUGAACAAUCAAAAACAAAACGAAAAUCAAGAGAAGAAAUUUUGAAGGAACAAGAGGAAAGAAACCGAAUUCGUCUUGAAAAGAAAAAAUUAAAAAAGAUAGACCAUCAAAAAUUGAGUAAAUGGACCAAAAAGGGCCAGCCGGUUAUGAAAAAUAAAAUGGAAUUUAUGUUAGACAAAAUAAUGAAUAAUAAGGAAACUUAUUUAAGUUGA